UGGUUGAUGCUCAUAAUACGUGUGUAGGAGAGUUCAUUAACAAGGAACGAUUCCUGUCUACGUUGGCUGUCUCCUGUGUAAUGUAUUUGUCGGUAUUCGUGAUUUCGAAUUCUCUACAACAGUUUUCAACCAUUCACCAAUACCAAGAUCUAAUACCACAACCACACAGCAACCGGUGACUUCCUGGGGAAAAAAACCCAUUCACAAAAGCUCAUAACUUUCUCGAUAUAUGUUUUCUUUUAAGUUAUAGCCGAAUUGAAAUCGAUUGUAUUUACAGUGAUCAAUGAACUAUAUAUGAAAAAAAAUCUGCAAUAUUACAUGUAAUAGAUAAGUAUUAUUAUGAUGCCUGCAAUAAUGGAUUCAUCUAUUGUUUGUGCCCGUCUGAUAUCCUUCAUCGUGACUUUAGUCUUGUUCAUGUCCCUAAAUAUCCUUGAUUUCGCAACCUGUUCAGAUAUUAACCAACUUUCACAACUUCGUUAUUUUGCUAUUAAGCAAACAGAACCGCCUCUGUAUCAAAAACGUGAUUUAUCUGCAGUCACCUCAACACCGUUUAUUCAACGUCGAAAGGAAGAAAAUGCCAAAAGCACAAGUUUAGCAUUGUCUUAUAUAGUUAAUGUAUUAUCCAACAGAACUAAAUCGUUGAACAUAUGUGAUGAAGUGGGAUUUGAGCCUCUUACACUAGAUGACUAUAAUCUUCAAUACUCUAAAUCGUAUUUUCAUGAUUCCUUUGCGUUACAAGCUGGAAAGGCCGUUGACGUUGCCAAUGGAUUAACAAGUCUUCAUUUUAAUGAAAAAAGUGUUGAUAUUAGGGAUUUAAAUGAUUCACACGUGUCCGUCUACACUGCCAUCCUUAAAUACUAUGUCCAAAAUGACUCGCAUAUAACCGGAAGUGGUAUUGCAUUUGAAAAUGGAUUCUUUCCUUAUGUUUCUAAAUCAACCUCCGGAAGUGCAUUUCCUUCAAAUUUAGGUUCUACGUAUCCCUCGUAUAAAAAUGCAGAAUAUUAUACUGUUCUUAAAAACAGGAAUUAUUCGAAAAUAUGGAAAACAGAAGGUGUUUCAAAGGUAACAGCUGAAAAUCACACAGCAUACAUAGGUAAACACGAAGGUUUUUGGACCGACCCGUACUUUGACUGUCGACAUCAGGAAAAAUGGAUUAUUACAUACUCCGCACCUUUUUUCCGGCUUGUCAAAGAUCAGCCGGCAUUUGGUGGUGUGGUAACUGUAGACAUUGACCUCGACAGUCGUGACGUCAAUCAGUGUAACACAGAUUACGGACUCUUCUCCUUUUCUGACAAAUGUCCACCGGAAACCACACAAUGUGAAAAUAAACCUGGCCAUGGGUUAGCAUUAGGAAGUUAUGUGUGUGUUUGUCGGCAAGGUUUCUAUUUCCCCAACACGAGCAACUCUGGUCAAUUUUACGCGGGAUCUCUCUUAGAAAGUGUUUAUAUGGACAGCCUCAACAAUGGAACUAAUUUUACCGGGAAAGGAUUUCAGUGUUUGCCGUGUCUGCGUGGCUGUACACAGUGUGUUGAUAGCACGCCUUGUAUGGCAGAUUAUGAUAUACUACUGCGUGGUAUACCUUUAGGAAUACAAAGUUUCUGUAUCACAGUAACGCUUGUUAUUGCAGUGGCAGUGAUUCGUCUCCGUAAAACAAAGGUAAUGGUCAGUGGAAUGUGGACACUGCUGGAAAUCAUACUGAUAGGAGCCGUACUUUUGUACGCAACGGUAAUCCUUCAGUACUUUAAGCCAACAGCUACUAUAUGCUUGGUGAUCCCGUGGUUCCGGGAACUGGGCUUCGCAAUAGUCUACGGCGCCUUGAUAUUAAAAGUGUACAGAUUACUGGCGGAGUUCCAGUCACGUAAAGCACACAGAGUGCACGUCCGGGAUAAGGACCUACUGAAAUACUUGUUGUGUGUGGUGGUCGUCGUGCUUGGAUAUAUGUCAGCAUGGACGACAGUUACCCUUGACCAUUUACGCGAAGGAAAGGCCCUAUUAGAGAUAGGAACCACCCCUGGAGAUGGGUUAAAAUACUCAGUUUGUAAAGUUGGUUGGUGGGACUACGUCAUAGAAGUAGCUGAGCUAACGUUCCUGUGUUUUGGGAUUUACCUAUGUUACAAGGUGAGAGCUGCACCGUCCGAUUACUCAGAAGGAACGUACAUCUCGGCAGCAAUCUGUUACGAAGCUGUUGUUUCUUGUAUAUUCUAUGUGUUAAGACAUGUAUACUGGUUACAUCUACAUCCCGAUUAUCUCUUCCUUAUGUAUUUUGUUCGCUGUCAGUUGACAGUCACAGUAACGCUGUUACUUAUAUACGGUCCCAAGCUUCUGUAUGCACACCGGCCGCCCGAGAACCAUCACUUACGGAACAGGGCAUACUCCUCGUCAGAUGGACCAGAUAGUAUGGGUCCCGAAUCCAUGAAGUUAAACAUCGGUGUCUCCUCCAACGGAGAUGUGGAUGUAGGUGAAAUAAGUCUGGCGGAAAUGGACCCUGAGGAUAUUCGUGCUGAACUGAAGCGUCUUUAUACACAACUGCAAAUAUACAAAACAAGAACAAUGAGAAAAGAGAAUCGCCAUAUUUCUAAACGUAGGGGAGGCCGAAAGCAAACACAUAGGCGGUUCUCCUUACAACCUUUUCACCAUAAACAUCGUCAUCAUCACGAGCACGAUCAUGAUCACGAGAUGUCGAAAACACCAGAGGAAUCAACGAACAGUGCCGAGGGAGUUCCGAUAGGAUUCGAAACUGGCACCGGAAAUAAGUGUGAUGACGUUCAUGAAAACGAGCAAAAGAGCGGCGGUCAAUGUACUGUUACCUUUAAAAUGGGACACAAAUAGAUUGUACUAAGUAAACCACAGCAAUUAUGAUAAUAUGUUUCUCUUCAAUAUUGAUAAUUAUCCAUCAGUAUUUUCUAUAAUCAUGUUAUGGAAACUGUUUAUUUAGGGAAAAAAGCGAACCUUGUGUUGUUUUGCAAAUAACAUUAUUAUUAUUUCAUCCUUAUCACAUGAUACGAUGAAAACUAGUGAGUAAGUGUUAUUGUAAAAAUCCAUCAAAACUGAAUUGUCAAAUUUAGAUGUAUUAAUUUAAAAUCAACAUUGUGAAACGAGAAUAUUUUCAUUCUGUUUUUCCACGAUAUGAUAGGUGCCAUUUAUCUACGAUAUUUUGAACGUUGAUGAUGUAUUUCAAUUUACGAUACAUGUCUAGGUAAUUUUUUUUUUCAAAUGAUUCACAUUGUGGCGAAGGAAUUGCAGUAUGAACAUGUGUAUUCCGUUAGUGUUUACCUGUGUUAACCAUUUUCGUUUUAGGUCGUCAUCUGACUCCAAAGUUUAGGGUGGCAUAUAGCCAUCUUGUUAUGUCUGUCGUGAUCCACCGUCCGCUGUGCAUGACUACUUCAGUAGUUAAAUCAGUGGGAAUCCGCUGAAAUUUACCUGAAAUGAUCCUGGGAGUGCCAAAACCAAGUGUUGUUAUUUCUGUCGCCUGAAAAAGGGCAUUCUAAACUUCUCAAAUUUCACAGGUGUCAUUUAGCUGAAAAUAUGUAGGGGUGUUUAGAAAAGGCAAACGGCAAAGUGUUAUUUUUAGGCCUUGUCAAAAUUUAAUAUGUCAGCUUAUGCGGCCAUUUUGUAACUUGAAAACAAAAUCUUGGAUUUCCUUAAAUUCCUUGGCAUGUUCCAUCGAUGGGAUUUUGCUCAAAGUUACCGAAUAUAUUCCAGAGAUGGACCUGCCAAAACUGUUUUCUCUGGUAGGUCCGAAAAACAAAAUGGCGGUCAUGGCCACCAACUUGAAAAACUCAUUUUGAAACGUCUUCUCCAAUCCCACUCCCACCAUUGAGCAGAAAUUUUGUGAGAAUGUUCAGAAACUGUUUUUGUUGCCUUUACUUUUUAGAUAUUCAAAAUUAGGUCAAUUAAUUAAUAGCUGUCCCAACUACCACCACUUCUAGUAAACCAUCAAUAGUUCUUUACAAUCAGUUGUGUUUACAACAUCUUUGUAAGACUGUACCAGGUCAGUGUAACACUGUUCAACGUCUAAUGAACACUGCACCACGUCACUAAAUUACCGACCAUAUUUGUCUGUGUAACACUGUACCACGUCUGUGUAACACUGUACCACGUCUGUGUAACAUUGAGCCACGUCUGUGUAACACUGUACCACGUCUGUGUAACACUGUACCACGUCUUUGUAACACUGUACCACACUGUGUAACACUGUACCACACUGUACCAAGUAUGUGUAACACUGUCUGUGUAACACUGUACUACGUCUGUGUAACACUGUACCACACUGUACCACGUCUGUGUAACACUGUACUACGUCUGUGUAACACUGUACCACACUGUACCACGUUUGUGUAACACUGUACCACGUCUGUGUAACACUACUACGUCUGUGUAACACUGUACCACGUCUGUGUAACAUUGUACCACGUCUGUGUAACAUUGUACCACGUCUGUGUAACAUUGUACCACGUCUGUGUAACACUGUACCACGUCUGUGUAACAAUGUACUACGUCUGUGUAACAUUGAGCCACGUCUGUGUACCACUGUACCACGUCUGUGUAACACUGAACCAUUUAUAUGUAACACUGUACCACGUCUGUGUAACACUGAACCACGUCUGUGUAACACUGUACCACGUCUGUGUAACACUGAGACACGUAUGUGUUACACUGUACCACGUCUGUGUAACACUGAACCAUUUAUAUGUAACACUGUACCACGUCUGUGUAACACUGAACCACGUCUGUGUAACACUGUACCACGUCUGUGUAACACUGAGACACGUAUGUGUUACACUGUACCACGUCUGUGUAACACUGUACUACGUCUGUGUAACACUGUCUGUGUCACACUGUACCGUGUAUAUGUAACACUGUACCACGUCUGUGUAACACUGUCUGUGUAUACUGUACCGUGUAUAUGUAACACUGUACCACGUCUGUGUAACACUGUCUGUGUAUACUGUACCGUGUAUAUGUAACACUGUACCACGUCUGUGUAACACUGUACCACGUCUGUGUAACACUGUCUGUGUAACACUGUACCAUGUAUAUGUAACACUGUACCACGUCUGUGUAACACUGUACCACGUCUGUGUAACACUGUCUGUGUAACACUGUACCACGUCUGUGUAACACUGUCUGUGUAACAUUGAGCCACGUCUGUGUAUCACUGUACCACGUCUGUGUAACACUGUACCGUGUAUAUGUAACACUGUACCACGACUGUGUAACACUGUACCGUGUAUAUGUAACACUGAACCACGUCUGUGUAACACUGAACCACGUCUGUGUAACACUGUACCACGUCUGUGUAACACUGUACCACGUCUGUGUACCACUGUACCACGUCUGUGUAACACUGUACCACGUCUGUGUGACACUGUACCACCUCUGUGUAACACUGUACCACGUCUGUGUAACACUGUACCACGCCUGUGUAACACUGUUCCACGUCUGUGUAUCAAUGUACCACGUCUGUGUAACACUGUACCACGUCUGUGUAACACUGUACCACGUCUGUAUAACACUGUACCACGUCUGUGUAACACUGUACCACGUCUCUGUAACACUGUACCACGUCUGUGUAACACUGAACCAUUUAUAUGUAACACUGUACUACGUCUGUGUAACACUGUACCACGUCUGUAUAACACUGUACCACGUCUGUAUAACACUGUACCACGUCUGUAUAACACUGUACCACGUCUGUGUAACACUGUACCACGCCUGUGUAACACUGUUCCACGUCUGUGUAUCACUGUACCACGUCUGUGUAACACUGUACCACCUCUGUGUAACACUGUACCACGUCUGUGUAACACUGUACCACGUCUGUAUAACACUGUACCACGUCUGUGUAACACUGAGACACGUAUGUGUUACACUGUACCACAUCUGUGUAACACUGUACCACGUCUGUGUAACACUGAACCAUUUAUAUGUAACACUGUACCACGUCUGUAUAACACUGUACCACGUCUGUAUAACACUGUACCACGUCUGUGUAACACUGUACCACGUCUGUGUAACACUGUACCACGUCUGUGUGACACUGUACCACGUCUGUGUGACACUGUACCACGUCUGUGUAACACUGUCUGUGUAACACUGUACCACGCCUGUGUAACACUGUUCCACGUCUGUGUAUCACUGUACCACGUCUGUAUAACACUGUACCACGUCUGUGUAACACUGUACCACGCCUGUGUAACACUGUACCACGUCUGUGUAACACUGUACCACCUCUGUGUAACACUGUACCACGUCUGUAUAACACUGUACCACGUCUGUAUAAAAUUGUACCACUUCUGUGUAUCACUGUACCACCUCUGUGUAACACUGUACCACGUCUGUGUAUCACUGUACCACCUCUGUGUAACACUGUACCACGUCUGUAUAACACUGUACCACGUCUGUAUAAAAUUGUACCACUUCUGUAUUACUCUGAACCACGACUGUGUAACACUGUUCCACUACUAUGUUCCAUUGUAUCACAUUUAUAUUACUUUGUCCCGCGUCUCUUGUAAACUCUACCACUGUACUACGCCUGAGUUGUUCCACUUUAAAACAGUGCGCGUGCACAUUACUUGGUAAUAAGUUCUAUAUAACGAUCACUAUGUUUUGAAAAACAGGCUCGACAUGAUCCCGAAAUCUCGUCUGGGUUAUAUUUAGUAUUAAUUAGUAACUUAUUAACAAUUAAAAGUGACUGAGGAUUCAGAAUAUGUUUGUUCAGUUCUCUUAAUGAAUCACUAUUAUCUUAACGUAUUGUGAGACAUACUGUAAUUGACUUUAACUGUAAGACACUAAGCUAUCAAGUUUUUCGUUACACAUACCUGUUCGGUAACCUGAUUCAUAGAGGAUAUGAUCGGUUUCACCAUAUUGUUAGACACGUGUCUAUAUGACUGAACGUAACAUAAGACACGAUAUUAUUGGGUUUAACGUAUGGUAACAUUUUAACCUGUUUUAUGUUAGUAAGGCGGUUAGUUAUAUGGUUUAAGGUACAGUGAGACACACGGUUAGAUGGUUAACCAUAUGGUUAAACACAAUGUCACAUGGUUCACCGUUUGGUCAGACCAGACACUUGGUUACUUGGUCCACUGUAUUGCAAAACACUUGGUCACACGGUCCGUCAUAUGACUAGACACUGGGUCACAUGGUCCGUCAUAUGACUAGACACUGGGUCACAUGGUCCGUCGUAUGACUAGACACUUGGUCACAUGGUCAGUCGUAUGCCAAGACACUUGGUCACAUGGUCCGUCAUAUGACUAGACACUUGGUCACAUUGUCCGUCAUAUGACUAGACACUUGGUCACAUUGUCCGUCAUAUGACUAGACACUUGGUCACAUGGUCCAUCGUAUUACUAGACACUCGGUCACAUUGUCCGUCAUAUGACCAGACACUUGGUCACAUGGUCCAUCGUAUUACUAGACACUUGGUCACAUUGUCCGUCAUAUGACUAGACACUUGGUCACACGGUCACCUAGACACUUGGUCACACGGUCGAUUGUAUGACUAGACUCAUUGUUACACGGUCCGUCGUAUGGUUAGACACUUGGUUACAUGGUGUUCAAGGUAUGGUCAGACAUUUGAAUAACGUUUAACGCCUGGUAAGACUUCUGUUAUGUGGUUUAAUGUAAGAAAGGACAUUAUUGUUUUACCUGGCCGAGACGUUGUUGGAUUUAGUGUACAAUAAGACACUUGAAUAUAGGGUUUAUUAUUUGUUAGUCGCUUGUUUAUCGGAUUUACGUCAGACACUCUCAGUUCUUUCGUGUGUCUUCAUGUUAUAAAUAAUUACAGCACUUUUUUUGUGUACCAAGAUCUCUUAUAGUCUCUUUUUUGUUUAUAUUUAUUGAUCAAGUUGUCAAUGUAUUUUUUUUGACAUUUUAUUUUAUUUAUUGAUAAUAUCAUGGAUUUAUUUUUAUAUAGAUUGUUCAAAUCCUUGCCGUAUUUUUUUGUUUUUCUGUCUUGUGAUAUCUAGAAAUGCCAUGUUACACAGUAACGAUGGGUUUCCCUUGUAUGUGGUUAUAUAUUAAUUAUGAUAUAUUUGACACCAUGAACAGGCAAGUUCUUUGAUUGGGUUUUGUAUCUGAUAGACAUGCUGAUCCAGAUAUCUCGUGUUCCGUUGGUUAUAUGUUACAAGUGCUUAAAUCUGAGGUUCGCGUGACAAAAAGGGUUCGUUAUGAAUGUAUAGUGAGAGAUAUGUAAGAGGAUUGCUCAUAGAUAUAAAAAAAUGAUGUAUAUGUUUUAUUUGUAUAUUGUUAUAUAUAUAUAUAUAUAUGUAAACUUUAUUAAUAUACGUUGAUGGUACACCAUCUUAUUCACUUUAAGGCAGUUAAGAGUCCAUUAAGUCAAUGUUUCAGUAUCAUACAUGCCUUUAUCUAAUUGUUGGUGUACAUUUUGUGAUAGAUAACUUAGUGGUCAGUCGAUACUGACAUCUGAUUAUGGUCAUCUUUUCCCUUUCGUCCGUUGUUCGUCAAUUCCUCCCGCAAACAAACCAGUUAACCAAUAUUUUCUCAGAUCUACCAAGAGGGUAUGUACUGAUCGACCUUCAGGUUGCCAUGGUUACCGCUCUAUCGCUACAAACUUUGAAGACUUGGCCAGUUUAUAUCCUAGUUGUACAGGACACGUUUCGAGCUUGAUCGGUCAAUCAUGAUGGCAGUCAGCGACAAGUUAAGGAUUCUCUUUAAUCAAAUGAGAGUGUUUUCUUGAAACUUAAGAUGACCCAGUAAAUGACCGAGUGAGGCUUAUGAUCUUUAUUGCCGUUAGUUCUGGAGAAUUAGUAUUAAAACACCUAUAGUAUGCCCUCGAAUUGUAAAUUUGGUUAAAGUCACAAUAUCAUAACUAAAAAUAGUGUAAAAUUUAGGAUUCCAGCGUUCCCUAAUUGCCUAUAAAAGUGAAUUUCUUGGAAUUAUGGUUUUACAUUUAUCUGCAAUAAAACGUUAAUAUUAGACAGAUCAAAUGUAACAUCAUGAAAGCUGGUUCUGGGAAAAGAUAAAACUUAUGUGACCUCGGGUGUUGGGCGCCAAGAUCCCCUUCGGGUCUCCUGUUAUACAGCUAUUCUUAUGUCACACUUGCGAAUUAAAUGAAGUUAGUCCA